AUGGCGAGCGAAGUCUGGGACGGCGAAAGGAGGAAGACGGAAGACGUCGGCGCCUUCUCGUCCUCUUCCUAUACAUACUUCGUCCCGGACGAGUACUGGCAGGCGCCAGAGGUUGCGCACAGGAUGGCAUACGGGUAUGGAUACCUCACAUGGGAGUGGAGGCAGGGGAUACGAAGCUACGCGAUGCCAUUCGUGAUGUCGCUGCUCUACGACAUCGCAAGGGCUCUGUCUCUAGACAACGGUGAUGUAUUAGAGCUCAUUCCCAAGCUCUGGUCGGGAUCCAUAGCCAUCUUGACGGAUCUGGCCAUGGUAGAGCUAGCUCGCAAGCUGUUCGGAGUCGAGGUUGCCUUCAACGCGAUCCUCUGCCAGGUCUCGUCGUGCUUCUUCUUCUACUGCAUGUCACGCUCGCUGGUCAACUCAGUCGAAGCCUGUUUGAUCACCUCAAUCCUUGCACUUUGGCCAUGGUCAGGUCUCAAAGAUAAACCCGCGGGGUCGAUGGUUGCGCUGAGUUGGCUCAUGGCUGUCUGCUUCUUGAUCCGGCCGACAAGCGUCGCCAUGCUGCUGCCGCUGUUGUGUAGAGGAGCUGUCGCCUUGCGUGCUGCUGCUGCAAGAAGAGAGGUGCACAGACACCUGGUUGGUUCGAUCACAAGCUUCCUGAUCGCAGCUGCAGUGAUCAUAGGAAUAGACUCAUACUUCUAUGGGAGAUUUGUACUUUCAGCUUGGAACUUUUUCUAUUUCAAUGCUGUCCAAGGUGGAGGAUCCAUCUAUGGCUCACACGUUUGGUGGUGGUAUUUUUCAGAGGGCAUCCCGACGCUUCUGAUGACUUCGAUUCCUCUGGUUUUCUACGGCAUGAGAAAACGUUUUCAUCGUGAGCUCCUGGAAUGUGUAAUCGUCACAACAGUCAUGCACAGGUUGUACUCCCGUCGUCGUCUUUCUGUGUUCAAUGACAUGUUGACUUGGAGACUAUGGCUCCUCGCAUCCGUCGGCUUGCUGGCGACCAACCUGGCCCCGGCCCUCUACUUGUCCCUAGUGCAUCAGAGAGGAGUGGUGGACGUCGUGAGGUGGCUGAGGCAUGACGACGUCAGUCACUCUCAUCUGCUCAAGAUGGUGCUGGUGCUUGUGCGCGUUCUGCACAGGAACAUCUCCCUCACGUUUCUCGACUGCUCUCCUCCUCCCCACCGCCCCAGUGAUCCGUUGGACCGCUCGUGUCUCACCUCGCCGGAGCUGGACGAGGCAGACAGGUUCUUUCAGUCGCCACAGACGUUCUUGGAAUGUGCUUUCGAUGGCGAUCGAACAGCUCGUGUUCUGCCCUCGCACAUUGUCAUGUUUGCAAAUCUAGAGGAGCAAGUGGAGGGUUUUUUGACUUCUCAUCACUACAUGCUCAGGAAAGAGAUCUUCCAUACACACAUUCCGUUAGAGGUUCGUGCGAAUUCAUUGUGA